CCUGGGUUUUUAUCGCGGGAGGGAUAUUUCAACAACAGAACUUUUCUGCUCAUAACCGUCAAGCAGCAUACAAAGCAUCGGCAUCACACAAGGAACUACCACUGAAUGUUGGGCUCAAAACUCCAAUCUGGUGCCUUCGUACGGCCCCUGAUAAGUGGGAAAACAGAUCUGGAACAAGCUGUGGUGGAAGAGCAUAACGCUGAGGUUCAGAACCAGCAGCUUGCUAAUCAACAAGUGCAUCGGGAGCCACAACAGACAUCAACGUUUCUACGGCACAAGAGGACUAUCGACGAAGUUGAAAAGGACCAGGACACAGAGCUGGAGAUCCUCAAGAGCAAAGUCUCCCUGUAUGACAUAGUUUCCAAGCAAAGAAUACGAAACUGUGUGAAGAGCACAAGGUGUUCUCAUAUCGAACCGUUUGAUUUUGAGACUUUUUGUUGUGUAAACAAAGUCACAACGUCUUUCUUCUCCAAACCCAAUAUGACUGAGACAGACAACAGAUGGCAACUCAGGAGUCUACCCAAUGAGAAUGGGAAGGUGAGGUUCCAACUAUCGCUGAAACGAGGGAAAUCUCUCUCGAAUAUGAACCAUCUGAAAUUGACGAGGAAGUAUAAAAAUGUGCUGAAUUUUAGGUGUCCAGUGUGUAAUGUUUCCUUCAACUCUAUGGAGUUGAUCCAUGACGAUUUCAUGGACCUGGUGUUGAGGAAUGUUCCUCCAGAUAUCAAAACUGUGGAGUUGGAUGAUUCGUUCGUGUGCACCCUCUUACCAGAGACGACGGAGAUUAAAAGUGAUUCCCAAGUGAUAUCGCUAGAUGAUGGUGAUGACAUUGCCGGCGAUGGUCUUUCCACUGAAAUUACCCCUGACCUUGUUAAUGGGAUUGUCAGUGAUGACGAUUCCCCGCUAAAACUUUUAUCUAGGAAAUCUAAAAGGAUAAGAGUCAAACUGUUCAGCGAUAACGAUGAGUACGAUUUCUGGGAUUCUGAUGAUGGAGAAGACCUUAUAGGAGGUACCGAAGACGACCCUGUGGUUAUUGAUUAGAUGAGACAUGUGCAUGUCCAUAUAUCGUUACUAUUGAUAUUACUAUAUUAGUCAGAUAAUAGAUAUGGUCUUUACUUAAACGUUUCAUGCUGUUGGUGCUUGUUCUAUCGCCUCAGUCUUGGGCUUCUUUACUAUUAUCUCAACAUAGUUUCCUGGGAUAUAGCCUGUUUGGCCACUUCUAGACCGUACUCUCCACCAUUGCGAUUCUCUACCAGAGGGAUCCAGCUUUGACAGUAUGGCGACUAAAUCGCCAGUCUUGAGUGGUAGUUCCACCUGGGGAUU